GUGCCAUUUUCACACGCAUGGGUGUAGAAGUGAAGUACAAAUAGUUGGGGAAAUAUGGACGGUGUUCAUGUAGGUGUUUCAUCCACAAUACAGUACAAGCAAACGCAGCAUAUUUCCUUGUCAUAGCGAGGUCUCCCCUCAGCUGCUUAAUUCUCUGCCCUCCAGAUCCAGCUGCUCUCCUACUGAUGGGGUUCUGACAGUACAGACGGACCCAACGCGACCGCGACACAACCAUCCCUCCUAAAACGGAAUAUGCGUAAACGCACGGCACAUUUUGGGGAGAGACGCCGCACAGUCACAUCAAGCGACUAAUGAGACAAUAGCCUAUUUCUCACCAUCAACCUAAAAUACAUAUCGUGCUUCGUGGUCGGUCUGGAACGUUCCGGGGUUUCCUUUUCGAGAGCGUUCGUCCCCCCGGUGUGAUAUUUGACAGGUCUCUUUGUUGGGUGGAGUCAAGUCCGGAAUUCUCGAUAUUGGAAUCAUCACUGGCAUCAUUUCAGGUCAUCAUCAUGAAGGACAGUGUGGUCAACAACAGCACAGCCAGCAUCUCCCACGCCAGGAAAGCUGUGGAACAACUCAAGAUGGAGGCUUGUAUGGACAGGAUAAAGGUGUCCAAAGCAGCAGCGGACCUGAUGGCGUAUUGCGACGCCCACAUACGUGAGGACCCCCUCAUCGUGCCCGUGCCCGCCUCGGAGAACCCCUUCCGGGAGAAGAAGUUAUUCUGCACCAUCCUCUGAUGCCCAGUAGGGGGCAGACCAGCCUUAGGCCGGGCCCUGGUUCAGGCAUGGAAUAACGCCUGGCGUCUCCUCUUCUGUCUUCACCGUACCUGAAGCUAACAACACGCUGUGAACGUAACCAGGAAGUGACUGCCCUUUCAGCCUUGUAGUUUUUAAACUUUUAGAGAUUUUUUUUUCUUUUUUCUAAUGGUCUUCAAGUGCAAAUAAAAACCAUGUGAAAAUAUUCUUCAUUAAAAUGUUCAUGAAAAGGCA